AUGGUUAAAGGAGUGCAUCGUCAGCCAUCUGUAGUCUGCAUCUUCACCACAGAGAUGAGCAAAGUUGACUCUACCCUUCCUUGUGUCACCCUGUCUUUGUUUUCUGUGCAGGUGGGUUUGCUCCUAAAUGGCAUCACACUUAACUUUUACUUCUGCAGAGCCCGGCAGCACAAAACCAGCAGUGUGACUGUAUACCUGAAGAACCUGGCAGCUGCUGACUUCCUGAUCAGCCUCUGUCUUCCCCUACGUAUCUUGAACCAUGCCAGCAUCUCCAACUGGGUCUACUGCAGCUUUGGUUCUCCAGUGUUUUACCUCAACAUGUAUGCCAGCAUCCUGUUCAUGGGCUACAUCGCGGCUAACAGAUAUCUAAAGAUCGUCAAUCCUCGGGGGACUCUUGUCUUUCGGACCGUACGAGCUGCUCACGUUACCUCCACAGUAACCUGGGUUAUCCUCAUUGCCAUGAUGAGUGCCUACACCCUGUUGUCAUUGCUCACCAAGGAAGAAGGCAGUUCUGACCCUGUCGGAAUGAGCUGCGAUGUCCUGCAGAGCAAACCACUCAGACUUUUCUACAAAACCAUCCAUAUCAUUUGUGCCACUAUCUUCCUGCUCGUCCUCCUCUCCCUAGUCUUCUUCUACUAUAGCACCUCCCGCAUGCUGUCACUGGCACAGCAGAGACAGCCAGCCUCCUCCAGCUCCAAGAAACUCACCAAGUCACGCAGGAACAUGCUGGUACUGGUCAGUGUAUUCUGCGUCUGCUUCAUCCCUUACCACCUGGUCCGUCUCCCGUACGCCUUCCUGAGCAAGCAGUUCAAGUGUAACCUCUUCUUCUACCUGAAGGAGCUGACCAUCAUGGUGUCUGUUCUCAACAUCUGCUUGGACCCACUCAUCUACUUCAUGUUCUGCAAGGCCUUCAGGACACAGCUGAGGGCGAGUAAGAGUUCGUUCAGGACCACACAGGACGUGACACAGGUGGGAAGAGUGGAGAGGAGGAGCAGUGCAGGGUGGAUGACUGUCAGAAUGAAGACCGACACUUGUGACCUGUGACUUGUGCUCUACAGUAAACAAAUUCAGAGGGUAAGGGUUAACACUUACGGAAGCGCAUUGCAUUCAUUUGAAGAAAAAAAAACUCCGGUUUUUCUGAGUGAUUAAUUUUUUGGUUUGUUUUUUCUUUAUAAUUUGUUUUCCUGUUUUUCUGAGUAAUUUUUUUUUUCUGUUUUUCGUUCUAAUUUUUGUUGCUAAUUUUUGUUGUUUCUGAGUAAUUUUUUCCUGAAUUAUCGCAAACUCUCGCAAGAACCUCCAACCUGAAAGUGACUGAUCGUCUCUUCUCGUCCACAUAGCAAGCCUGAAUGCAUUUCAAAUGCAUCAUCUUGAAUCCGUGGAGUAUGCCAUAUCUGUCCAACUGAUCAUGGAGAAACAUUGCUAUGUCUAACAGAUUUGAAUGAGCUUUCCUUCUGAACAACCGCAAAGUUCUCAGGUGCCUGCGUAAAGUCGACAAACUAAUGGUAAUACCAUCUAUGUGACUUAAGG